UUGUGAGGUAUUUUUCGUUAUUUUUCAUAAAACAUUAUUUUUCUGCAAUUUUAUAAACCGAAGGGCUCGAAUAAUACGACACAUUCGUCCCCUCUACCUGCCAUAUUACAUUAAUCCGGGAUUUUGUGCUAAUGACCACCGACCCUCCAGCAUUACCUGUCAUUAGUUAAUUACUUUUGCGUCGGUAUUCGAAUGCGUGAAAUAAAUUGGAACUUUGAGGAUUAUGUUUGCAAUUGUGAACAUGUGGGUUCUUUGUCUUGUGAUUCGCGACAUGACAAUCGCGGGGGAGAAAUGCAAAUAACUCAGUGCGCGGAUCAUUAGUGUGAGUGUUUGAAUCUGUGGAGAAGAUUCCUAAUUCCUGAAAAAUGGGGAAGACAAGAGGAGUGCAUGAGACCACUCCAGAGCUGAGGAAUCGGAUGGUGGGAAUGUACGAGGCUGGACUUGGCCUGCGAGACAUAGCAGCAGCGAUAAAUUGCUCUCAAAGAACAGUAAAACGGUGGCUGAACCGCUUCGACAAGGAAGGCACAGUGGAGACUCGUGAGCGAUGUGGUAGGAAACGCGCGACAACCAGCGAACAGGACGACGCAAUCGUCCGUCUUGCAACCCAGACCCCUAUCACUGCAGCGAAGGCUGUCCUCCCAGCGUUGGGCCUCAACUGUUCCGUCGACACAAUCCGCGAACGUCUCCACAAGGCAGGAAUUCACAACUGGAGUCCCUCCCGAAAGCACAUCCAGAGGAUUCCCCUGGGUGAGGCUGAAGGAGCGGCUCUCCAGCAGGCAGUCUGGCGUCCCACUGGCACCCAGUUAGGCAAGAAGAAAACCCCGAAGGUCCCUCCAAGAGCCAAAUCAACAGCUUCAAAGAUGAAAAAGAAAAAAACCAUUAAAAAAAAUCCUGUGAAGGAGUCCAGUGCUCCUGAAGCCCCUGAAAAGCAGUUGGAGGCCCCCCAGAUGGAGUUCAACCCCCCUCAGGCUAUCACCCACUGCCCUGACCUUGCACAGCUUCCCCAGCCCCAAAUAAUAGAUAGCCAGAGUCAAUUUCAAGCCCAGCCUAUUCCCAACCCCCAGCAGAUGUACCAGCAGCAUCAAGACCUCAACAUGUCUCAGAACUGGCCUCUGGAUUUGGUCCAAGCCCCUCAGACUCAGAGUCAGUACCUUCAGAGCACCGAUAACCUUCCCCCAACAUCCUCUCACCUCCAAGAACUGUACCCCCAGAACAAUCAUCACCAGCAUCACCCACUCGAGCCACAGCAGAUCAACCUGGAGCCCCGCAGCAAACCAGUGAACGUCUCUGAAGGUUCAUCCAGCUCGAAUUCCUCGACCGAGAGCCAGGAAGUGAAUGAUUCUUCGAAGAAGACUGCGGAGCCUGCUGCUGGAUCAGAGCAGAUCGUGAAAGAAGAUCAGUCUGAAGGAAAUUCAGAGAAGAGGAAGAAGGGAGGGAAAGCCAAGGGAACCCUGGAGACGUCAGUCGAACUGAGAAACAGGAUGAUUGGUAUGUCCCAGGCUGGACUAUCAACGCUGUCAAUAGCCCUCGCCAUCAGCAGAUCCGAGAGGACAGUCAAGAGGUGGCUGGAGCGUUGGAGGAAGGAGGGAAACGUCCAGACGAAGGAGAGAAAAGGGAGGAAAAGAAUCACUACCAAGGAGCAGGACGAUGCUAUAAUUGCCCUGGCAACGCAGAACCCUUUGACAGCCGCCAAAUACGUGGCUCCAGCCCUCGGACUCAACUGCUCAGUCGACACCAUCCGCGAGCGACUUCACAAAGCGGGAAUUCACAGUUGGAAACUUGGGAAGAAGCCCGGUGAAGGGAAUGCUGUGCACACCGUACACCUCUGGCAGCCCAGUGGCAACAGGCCCAACAGACCCAGGAUUCUCAGGAAAAAUAGUGGGAAGAAGAUUGCGGGGAAGAAGCUCGAGAGCAAGAAGACCGUUGGGAAAAAAGAAACGAAGAAAAGUCAGGAGAAGAUCGUCGAGGAAGAGGUCCAGGUGCCCAAUGUCCCUGUUGAGAGUGUUCAGGCACCUCAGCCAGUUCCCAGCAUUGAACAGGGGACUAUGCAGUUCCACGAUGAGGGAAUGAAUGGGUACAGUUCCAAUCCCAAUGUUCUCCAGCCCGUGCUCACUCCUCUGACCCCCAGUACCUCGGGACAGGGGAUGCAUGUGGCACAGGUCAUGAGGCCUGAUUGCAGGAUGGCUACAGGACAGGUUCCUGGGUAUUCCUCAUGCAUGGUAGGAAGUGGGCAUGGGCAUAUGGAGCAGCCUGAUCCCCUUAAUUAUGAACCGUACAUGUGGAACUUCUAGGGGAUAGGCUGGAAGCAGUGGAGGAUGCACUGGUAGCAAGAGACCCGGGUUUUGGUUGACAGUAAAGGGGAUUUUUUUGAUAGAAAUCACCUUUACUCUAGUGUUGCCUUCAGAUUAUUGUAUAUUCGAUUGAAUAUGAGUGAUAUUUUCUCCAUUUUUAUGACGAUUUAUUUGUUUAAAUGAUUCUAUGAUAGUGUAUUAUAUUCUGUUCCUUCUUAUUUCAUAAAAAUGGGGAAAUCUGUCAAUUAAUCUAUCACAUGAGGAAAAUCUACCAGUGACACAUUUCCAUUCUGUUUCACGAAAACGUCUGUAUGAUUCCAGUUUAAUGAAUUAGCUUUAGAUGAAACAAAUGAUGCAAUCAAGGUCAAGCCCAAGUGAUAAUUUUUACCUAAAAUAAUGAAGGAUUAUUACUUUAAAAAUUUAUAUUUACUGUACGUGUCAAGUGAAAUACACAGAAUUAUCAAGUGAG